AUUGAUGCUAAAAAAAAAUUGCAAUUGAUUGUUGACGGAAAAGAAGUGUGCUCCAUUCCCCCUCCCUCCUAGGUCACUUCCCCGCCGGCUUCCUCUGUUCUCCGUCGCUCUGGUUGAUUCUUCUUGCGAGGAUUUGGGCACUGGAUUGGAUUUCGCAAAUAAAAAUCCGCCCGUGAGAUCCGGAAUCGAGCGAGCAGCAAUGGCGGCCGCGCCCGCUCAAGUUCUUCCGCCGGCCAAGAGGUGGAAGAAGGACCCCAAUUUCCUGGAAACCUCACCGGUCCAUCCGGCCAAUGCGGUGACCGCAGACUGGCCCUCGCUCCCGCCCGACAUCGUCCGCCACAUCGCCGACUCCUUCCUCGCCACCAACGACCUAGAUUGGUACGUGGACCUGCGCGCCGUCUGCCACAACUGGCGCUCCGCCACCGACGACCCCAAGGACAGCACCUCGGACCCCCGGUUCCUGCUUCGCCGGUGGAUUAUCCUCGACGAGGUCUUCCAGAGUGACAUGCGCCGCCUCUUGGUCAACACCGCCACUGGCCGGUUCCUCCACAAGGAGCUCCACGCGCUCCGCGACUACCACGUGGUCGCCACCACUCUCUGCGGCCUCUUCGUCCUGGCCGACAGGAGCCCUCCUCACGCCGCUCGUGUCUUCAACCCUCUCACCGGCGAUAUCAUCCGUUUCGCGGCGCCCGUGCCGCCCGAGGUGCAGGUCACCGCCGCCGUCUGCUUUGACUUCUCUUCGCCCUUGCUCGCCUUGUUCUUCGACUCAUGUUGCAAGAUGCACAUAGCCAGUCCUCACAGUUCUGACGCCCAAGUCUAUGACUUUGACCCUUCAGUUUACAGUUUCUUUCGGAGGGCGGUCGGAGGUGGUUUGGUCGGCCGUUGGUGGGAAUUUGCCGGAACAACUGACUUGGCUCUCAAGAUCUGCAAAGUGGGGCAGUCGCUUGGCGUCAAUCUGUCGAAGUUUUUUUCUGGUGAUCCUACUGAGAUCGGACUUGCAAACGAUGCCCGGUGUUUACCAAUGGAAUUUGUUGGACAGAUGCUGAUCAUCAUCAAGGGACAACAAUUCUUCCAUGUCUUAAGAUUCAAAACCGAGAGCGCCGAGCUUUUGCAUGUGGAGACCAUCUGCAACCAUGCCAUCUUCAUUGGUCGUCAUAGGUGCCUUGCUGUGGAUGCUCACAUGUUUCCAUCCAUAGAGACAAACUGUAUCUACUACACUGAACACCAGGGUUCGUCUGCCCACAUCUGGAAGUACAACAUCAAGGACCGAAAAGCAGACAGGAUCUCAGAAGCUGUCGAUUUUGUGAAGCAGGACAAGCAGUUUGUCCUGAUCGGCGACCGUCCUUCCACGAUCAUCCAGCUUCUGUCGAGCUACACCAUCAGCACCCGGGAUUCUGAAAUGGCUGGCGCCGUUAAACUUGAUGAUUGAUCCUAUGGUAUGCAUUGCUUAGAAAGGGUUGCUAUUUUCUAGGUUGUUUAUUUUGGUUAUGCCUUCAAUUGUCCUAGGCAAGAAUCUAGGUUGUAUCUUCUGUGAUGGAAUUACUCUUAGCUAUCUUAUUAAUUAGAACGUGAUAUGUACCCAAUGCUACCCUUAGCUUGAUGCUGUUAUCUUUUGUGCAAUGUGGUUCUUACUAUCUGCAACAGAUAAUGUCAGCUCAACCUUUCCCCCCUUUUUCUAUAUUUAGCCCUGCAAGUGAAUCUAUGAACAUAUCACGUGCCUCAUUGUUCUCCAUAAGCUUUAUAAUUUGCAACAGCCUGUUCUCGGCAAGAAACAUGUUUCACAUUUGCUUACUGGUUGUCUGUGGAACGACUGUAUGCUGCAACUAUUUCCUUUU